UCCCUUCUUUCUUUUUCGCCGAAUGGCCUCCAUUCAAGCUCACCCUAAAAGGACAGUUUACGUUCACAAUCUCCCUGAUAAGAUUAAAGAUGAAGAUUUGAGGCGAUCAUUAUAUGGCGUUUUCUCUCAAUUUGGUGGAAUCUUGGAAGUAGUUACUAGAAAAACAAUUAAGACGAGAGGCCAGGCUUGGAUAGUCUUUCAGGAUGUUGCGAGCGCCGCGAAUGCUAUUAGACAAAUGGACUCCUUUUUGUUUUACGACAAGUUAUUGAGGGUAUCCUUUGCAGUGUCUGAUUCCGAUGCUGUAGCUAAAAUGUUAGGAGAAUACAAGCCUUGUAUGAGGCGUUCCCAAACUACAUCUACUCCUCAAGAACAUCCUAAACCUCAUUACAAAACCUCAUUUACAACGCAACCUCACGCUUCUGUUGGCAAUACGGAUACUACUGAACCACAUAAUAUAUUACUGCUUAUUAACUUGCCGGUGGACACUGAUGAGAAGAGGCUUCAAGUAAUUUUUGGACAGUUUCCUGGUUUAAAGGAAGUUCGUCUCAUUCAAAAUCGACACGAUGUUGCGUUUGUGGAGUACGUCGAGAUCCAUCAGGCCACCCAAGCAAUGAAUAGUCUUCAAGGAUAUUUAAUAGAUCCCGACCAUCCUAUGAAAAUUGUUUACGCUAAAAAUACCCUCUACGUAAGCGGGGAUGCUUGGCGGUCUCGAUUUAUAACCGCCAAACUUCCUGGUGUAGCACUACUAGUCCGAAUAGCGAAAGCCUGGGCUAAAAAAGUCCGUCUCUCAAUCCCUCAAGACAAUGGUACUUUCCCUAGAGAGUAA